CUACGUAGACUUGCUACUAUUUAGUAAUGGCAUUUCUUUCCUACAUUGUUGAGAGGCGGACGGGAAGAAACGAAGGGAGAGAGAGUGAGUGGAGACGCUUUACAGCUUGGUGGUAAUUGAAAUGUAAAGAACAAAAAAAAUUCACGGUAGACGAGCUCAAACUCUAUUCCCAAUCCACAUGUCCCAGCAUUCAUGCCUGCACCGCCUACUAAAAGCUACCUGCCUGCCCAUACCACUGGCGCGCACGCAUCUCUCUCUCUCUCUGAGCGGACCCAUUUCUCAAAACUUGCGAUCAAAGCGAAUUUGUGAGAAUACCCAUAAAGGAUUUUAUAUUCAGAAAUCGAAGGGGGUUAGUUAACAGGGCCGAAGAAGGAGCGAUGGGGAGGAUAUUUGUGGUGGAGCUGGAGGGUAGGGCUUAUAGAUGCAAGUUCUGCAAAACCCACUUAGCCCUCGCCGACGAUCUCGUCUCCCGGGCUUUUCAUUGCCGCAGGGGGAAAGCUUACCUAUUUAAUAAGGCAGUGAAUAUCACAAUCGGAGCUCAAGAAGAGAGGGCGAUGUUGUCAGGAAUGCACACAGUUGCAGAUAUAUUUUGCUGCUGUUGUGGACAGAUUGUUGGCUGGAAAUAUGAGGCAGCACAUGAUAGAAGUCAAAAGUACAAAGAAGGGAAAUUUGUUCUUGAAAGAGGGAGGAUCAUUGAUGGAGUCCACUCAGAAUUUUAUGUUGAUACCCAUCCCAUUAUGAGCGAUGCAGAAGAUGUGUAGGUUCGAGCUAAUUGUUAGCGGAUACAUUAUGGACAACAUUGCUGUUGAUAAUUGUGGGUUCUGCGGUAUAGGUCAUGCUUACUAUUUCUGUAAGCAUGAACUAUACAUGGAAUUCCACUUUAUUUUGCAAAAUAGGCAGUUUGAUGAAAGUUGCAGCAAAUUCACUCCUUUUGUGUGUAUAUAUUAUGAAUUGUGACGUGGGUGAAAUUUGCAUUCAUGGGGAAUUUACGUCUCAGUUGAUCGCUGGUGUAAAUUAAGUAGAUGUUGCGUAUGGAUGAAUGGAAUGAAAUUAAAUUUGUUGCUUCU